UUUGCGGCGCUGCUCCCUACACGUUUACACACGGCAUGAGAGGACAGAGUUGGGAUGCUGAGCUGAAAUAAUGUGAAUUUAUUGACAAUGCUAUGGUGAAAUUGCACAGCUUUGUAGACGAGCACACGAAGGAUUACGGUGGUAGUUUAACUGAGCGACUGACAAAGCCAUGUUUAGGCAAACGAAGGCGGCGUUUCAGAAACUACGAUACGUAAGUUUCAACAGACCGCAGCAAACAUGGAGGCUGAGCAGCACUUCGGCGAAAGAGAGGGCUCUUCAGUACCAACCGGGACAGAAAAUCCAUGGCUUUACUGUCAAAGAGGUUGUGGCCGUCCCUGACUUGUUUCUCACGGCAGUGAAGUUGACCCACAAUAAAACCGGUGCUCAGUACCUGCAUACAGCCAGGGAUGACUCCAAUAACCUCUUUAGUGUCCAGUUCAGGACGACCCCCAUGGACAGCACAGGCGUCCCACACAUCCUGGAGCAUACGGUGCUGUGUGGGUCUGAGAAGUAUCCCUGCAGAGACCCCUUCUUCAAGAUGCUCAAUAGGUCCCUGUCCACUUUCAUGAACGCUUUCACAGCCAGUGACUACACCAUGUAUCCAUUCUCCACACAAAAUGCGAAGGACUUCCAGAAUCUGCUGUCGGUUUAUCUGGAUGCAGUUUUCUUCCCUUGUCUACGAGAGCAGGAUUUCUGGCAGGAAGGCUGGAGGCUGGAGAAUGAAAACCCCACGGAUCCAAACUCCCCCCUGGUGUUUAAAGGAGUAGUGUUUAAUGAAAUGAAGGGACAUUUUUCGGACAACGAGCGUCUUUACGCCCAACAACUUCAGAACAAGCUGUACCCGAACCACACGUACUCCGUGGUGUCAGGAGGAGAACCUCUGGCCAUCCCCGACCUCACCUGGGAGCAGCUGAAACAGUUCCACGCCACACACUACCAUCCCAGCAACGCCAGGUUCUUCACUUACGGAGAUUUGCCUCUGGAGGAUCAUCUGAAGCAGAUUCAAGACGAAGCUCUGUCCAAGUUUGAACGCAUCAACCCAAACACAGAAGUCCCGUCCCAGCCGCUCUGGAACAGUCCUAGGGAGGACCAUGUGACCUGCAGCCCCGAUGCUCUGGCUCCAGAUCCAGCCAAGCAGAACACGCUGUGUGUGAGCUACCUGCUGGGAGACAUCACUGAUGCAUUUGAGGGAUUCACGCUCAGCCUCCUGUCCUCUCUGAUGAUCUCUGGGCCAAACUCUCCCUUCUACAAGUCUCUCAUCGAACCCAACAUAGGAACUGACUUCUCCUCCGUUGUCGGCUACGACGGCAGCACCAAGGAGGCGUCAUUCAGCAUCGGGCUGCAGGGGAUGGCCGAGGAGGACUCAGAGAGGGUCAAACAAAUCAUCAGCCAAACCAUCGAUCACAUCAUAGACAACGGCUUCGAGGAAGAGAGGAUCGAGGCUCUCCUCCAUAAGGUCGAGAUCCAGAUGAAACAUCAGUCCACGAACUUCGGUCUCGCUCUGGCUUCGUACGUAGCGUCGUUGUGGAACCACGACGGCGACCCGGUGGAUCUGCUGCGAAUCAGCGACAGCGUUGCCAAGUUCAGACAAGCCCUGAAGGAAAACCCACGCUUCCUCCAGGACAAAGUCAAGCACUACUUUAAGGAGAACCCACAUCGACUGACGCUGUCGAUGAGCCCAGACGUGACCUACCUGGAGAAACAGGCCAAAGCUGAGGAAGAGAAACUUCAGGAGAAGAUCCAGGUUCUGAGUGACGAUGACAGGAAGCAGAUUUAUGAGAAAGGUCUGGAGCUUCUAGAGGCUCAGAGUAAAACCCAGGACGCCUCUUGUCUACCUGCCCUCAAAGUGUCCGACAUCGCGCCGACGACACCGAUCACUCCUGUUCAGAUGAGCACUGCAGGAGGUGUCCCGCUUCAGAUCUGCGAGCAGCCCACUAACGGUUUGGUUUACUUCAGAGCCAUGUGUAGUCUCAACACGCUACCAGAGGACCUCAGGCUUUACGUCCCACUCUUCUGCACUGUUAUUACCAAGAUGGGCUGUGGAGCUCUGGACUACAGGCAACAGGCCCAGCAGAUGGAGCUGAGGACGGGGGGCAUGUCCGUUUCCUCUCAGGUCAUUCCCGACUCCACCAACCUGGACAUGUAUGAGCAGGGCAUCCUGUUGUAUUCCUCCUGCCUCGAGAGGAACCUUCCUCACAUGUUUCAGCUGUGGAGCGACAUAUUCAACAGUCCCAACUUUGAUAACGAGGAGCGGCUCCGAGUGCUGGUGAUGAUGUCGGCGCAGGAGCUGGCAAACAGCAUCUCCUACUCUGGUCAGAUGUACGCUAUGACCCGGGCGGGACGUCACCUGACUCCAGCAGGAGACCUCCUGGAGACGUUUGGUGGGAUGGAACAGGUGACGUUUAUGAAGAGGAUAGCGGAGAUGCCCGACCUCAGCCAAGUCAUCCGAACACUACCCAGGAUCAAAAGACACCUCCUCAACCCGGACAACAUGAGGUGUGCCAUCAACACAACUCCACAGAGAGUGUCCAACGCGGCCGCACAGCUGGAGGUCUUCAUGAAGGACGUGGCUGAAAACAGAAAGGAACGCAAACCUGCCAGAGCAAAUAUUAUCAACAAGCCACUUGACCCUCUGGAUGAGCUGAGCCCAAGUAGGAAAGUAAUAUCUGAGCUGAAUUUCCAGCCGUGUCCGAUGAAAACUUACUUCCAGUUGCCCUUCCCUGUCAACUUCGUCGGCGAGUGUAUUCGCACGGUGCCUUUCGCCCACGAGGACUACGCCAGUUUGUGCAUUCUGGGGAGGAUGAUGACGGCCAAGUUUCUCCAUGGAGAGAUCCGUGAGAAGGGCGGAGCCUAUGGGGGCGGGGCCAGGAUGGGAGGAGGCGGCCUCUUCUCCUUCUACUCCUACAGGGAUCCAAACUCUGUGCAGACGUUAUCUGCGUUUCGUAAAGGCGUCGACUGGGCAAAGUCUGGACAGUUCACGCAACAAGAUAUUGACGAGGCCAAGCUGUCGAUCUUCUCUUCUGUCGACUCACCUGUGGCCCCCGCAGAUAAAGGAAUGGCUCGAUUCCUCAGUGGCGUCACAGACGAGAUGAAGCAGAGUCACAGAGAAAGACUCUUCGCUGUCAGCCAUAAAAACCUGGUGGAUGUGGCCGAAAGGUACCUCGGCGUCGGUCAGAGGACGUGUGGCGUCGUCAUCCUGGGCCCCGAGAACGAGACGAUUAAGAAAGAUCCUUCAUGGGUCGUAAAGUAACACAUUCAGUGCAGUAGGUGCUUCAGAUAAAAGCUGAUAAAGUUGCUUAAAAACAAGCAGUUAAAAGUCAUGGGAUUUUAUAGUGUCAAAAAAGAGCUAACGCGCACAAACUUAAAGUUUCCCGAUCAGUGUUUGUCAUUUGAAACGCUCAGAUGAAGAUUUGCUGUAUAUUCCGUUGUGUCUAUAUAUUUAUGAAAAUGAACAUGUUGGAAUACAAA